AUGCCAAACGCAGCCCACAAAUCCGGGUACUACUACGCGCAGCAAUUCAGCUUCGCAGGACAGAGCGAUGUCGGAUACACAGGUCUCCAGCCCCGCGAAGACAAAAGCUCGGGCUCAGUAGUCCACGCCGCUUUCUCCAGCUUCGUCGCCGGAACGACAAGCUCAGAUGCGAAUUGCUCGGACGGUGCGGACGGUGGCGCGGGCGUUUCCUGCGCUGUUGAUGUCUCUGCGACCUACGCGCAUGGCUACAUUCUCCGCGUCAAAAAUACUCAAGGUACCACGUGGACUGGUACGAUGGUUGAUGCUGUUGAUGGAACGGAAACUCAUAUUGGGUCUUAUACGCUUCCCUCCGGUUCUGGGGGUAUUCAAGGGAGCCAGGUGGGCUUUGUGGAGUAUUAUCCCUGGAACUCGGGGUCUCAUACUUGUGAUCAAUUGCCCAAGACUGAUGUUACUUUUGGUGUGCCGACUUCUUCGGGUGGGACUGGGGAGUUGGGGGCUGCGUAUGAGUAUGGGGAUUGUGUUGGGAAGGUGGAUUAUAGUUCGAAGAGAGCUGAUGGGGAUGCUGUGAAUGUUGUUGUUGGAUUUUAG